AAAUUCGUUAGUAAUUAUGGUUUUAACAUAGAAACUAAAUAGUUUGAAAUUAAGCAAUUAAUAGCAAAAAUUGAUCGAAUUGAUAGCAAAAAGCUAAGGCGAUUAUUCAUGGGCCAAGGAAAUAAAAUUUCUCUUAUGAAACGAAAAAAAGACUUCAGAAUUAUUGAAAUAUCAGAAUUAAAUAAAUGCCGGUUAACGUAACAUUUUUAAAUGCCUCUACUUAACAGAAUUUACGUCAUUAGAGACUAUUUUGCGUGAUUAACUCUAGCGAUGGACUUUUAUUCAACGUACCAUGCGUCGAGAAGCGAUCACAAAAUGAUUCCGAGACAAUACAAAGCUACAGCAAUAUGGAACGAACUUAUUGGAUCUUUUCGAAUACAUAUGUGUUGUAAAACUCGGAGGAGAAAUUUGAAAACUUAUUCUAACUGUUUUACUGGAGCUGGUGCCAUCCACGUCUUGCAUGCUGUUUUGAUUGAAAAUCAAAAUUUUACUCGGAAAGUUACCAGAGAGCAGGCCCACAAAUUGAUGCAGAAAUUUCUGUCGGAACACGUGAUCGAAACGGUCAACGGAAAAUGGGAAAAUGAAACAUUUUCUGAUUCAAAUCGUUUAUACAGAUUCAACAAAGAAUAUGCAUGUGCUACUCCAUCGCUAUCCUCUCGUUGCAAGGUGAUGUCCCCGCCAACGAUAAAACGGUUUUCAACAAACAUUCUGGAAGAAAAAGAACGUCACACGGAUCAUGAGCAAUCGACGAAAAAGACUAAUUUGACUAGAAAAGACGAUAUUCGACUGAUACCAAGUUGCAUUAUGGCUGUAACUGAUUAGCAAGAUUUUAUAUUGAAGCAAAUUUAUUAUUUAUAUAUCUUUCUUAUGUUCCGUGUGUUUUUUAUAUGACCAACCAUAUCAUACCAAAAAUUUGUUUGUGUUAUUUUCGACGAUUUUUCUGAUAUAAAACUUACUUUCUUGGAAUCAUUAUCUCUUUAAUGUUAUACUGGAAAUAAAUCAGUUUUAUGAUUUCUUGCUUAGAGUAAUGAAAUGUCACUUUGAUUGCUUGCUAUUACAACGGGAUUAGCUUG